ACAGGAAUCUUGUACAUUUCAUUAACACCAUGACGACAUUUGUUCCCUUAUCGCAGGACACUGAAGGCGCAGUGAGCUCCGCUGCCCUGGGUGAUUGGAUCUUGUCCAUCAUUAAGGUCAGGGAACCCAGCAAGACCAACGAAUACUACAGCAAGUUGUUAAACCUAUUUCAAGAAGUGGAUGGCGAACAGGUUAUAAAAGACCCAUUUCAGCUAUUCGAGCUAUUAUUGAGCGGUCACGAUCUAGUGUUUGCGUUUCUACAGGAUGCCAAGGAUAAUGGCGAAUCUAGUUUGAUGAGCAUAGAUUCAGUUACCAGGGCGGAAGUAGAGGUCCCAGUUAAGUAUGGCGACGCCGUUAAGCAGGUUGAGGAAUAUUUCACAGUGCUGAUGUACAUGCUCCAGCUACGAUUCACCAGCAACGCCCAAAUCGAUAAGGCUGGUACCCUGUUGUUGAAGGCUAUAUCCGGUGGUGAUACCUUUGUUGAGUUGCGCUUAAAGUUGAUGCAGAUGCUCUAUAACAGUGUUGACGUGACGCUGCCACUUCGUGUGGUUGUGUACGUGGAAAUAUUGGAGUUCGCUUCGAGGCACGAUUUGUUCCAUACCCUGCUGCCGGUAAUACAGAAACUGGACGAAUGGAUGAAGGAUUGGGUCAUCGACAAGAAGACGCGAAUCAAUAUCUACCGUAUCAUAUCAGAGCAACUGGAUAAAAUGGGAAAUUCCGAGCUGUCGUUCCAUUACUGGGCCAAGUGCAUCGAGUGCUGCGACCAAGAUGCGUUGUAUACAUCGGAUAACCUUAAGGUGAUUGCCGAUUUCUGUGUACGUAGCAUUAACGCGGACGGCGUGUUGUAUUUCGACCGUCUUCGCCACAAGCCCGCGAUUGACCACUUGUCAAAGACUGAAUUUGCCCUAGUGGUCGAUAUAUUAGACCUGUUGAUACAGGGUAGCGAAGAUGAUUUCGAUGUCUUCCUGUCCAAGCACGGUGACAGCGCUCUUGCAGCCAUUGGCAUUUCCCCUGAAACUGUCAGGGCUAAGCUCAAGCUCCUGACAAUAGCCUCCAUCUGUCAAAACGAGCCUGAAGUACCAAUCGCACGUAUCCAGGAAUGCUUGAAAUUAUCAAAGGAUGAAUCGGAAGAGCUUGUGGUCACCGCGAUAACAAAGGGGGUAUUAGACGGACUCAUCGACCAACGCAGUGAAAAGGUUAUCAUAAGAUCAGUAAUGCAGCGCCAGUUCCGCAAGGAACAGCUACAGCAGCUACACUCCAACCUACUACAGUGGAAGAGCUGCGUCAGCAAUUUGAUAUCAGUACUGGGCAAUCAACCAUAAGUUAAUGUAAUACGCGA